GUACCAGAUUAAUAAACUAGAGGUAUUCUGAAAUGGGUGCCAAAGAGAAUGGGGAAGUGAGAGAUGAGAAGAGAGUUGGAUCAGAUUAUGAGCCAGCCAGAGCUUCUGUCUCAUCACAAGGUGAGGCUCGUGGUAAGGAAGAUAGUAGAGUGAAGAGAGUUUCAGUGGGUUCAAAGAAGCUGUUGAGAAAAGAUACAAAAGAAAAUAGCCCCCGCAUGGCCAAAAGUAGCACCAGUCGACCAGUUCAAAACAAGCUGCAACCGAAAGCAUCAAACAACACUCUGAACAGAUCUCCGAAACCAUGGAACGCAGGUAAUGCUGCUAAAACGCUUGAAGUUAGAAGACCAGGUAUUGUAAAAAUCCCUUCUCGCGCUCCAUCGGAACUGUCUGAGGAAACAGAUGAUAUGGUUAGUGAGGCUGGAACCACUGAUGAUAGAUGCAGCGAAGAGGCCAAAGAGAUUGAUGUGUUAGAUGAAGCUCCACAUUGCGAUCAGAGUACAGGUACUGAUGAUGAAAUUGUUGAUAUUGAAGAAAAGAUAGUUGAUGAUGACAAAACAGUUCUACAUGAAAAGAAUGUGGAACUACAGUCAAAACUUGAGAAAUUGGAGCAGGAACUUCGUGAAGUUGCAGCACUCGAAGUUUCUCUGUACUCUGUAUUGCCUGAGCAUGGAAGUUCAGCACAUAAGGUGCAUACCCCAGCUCGGCGUCUUUCUAGGCUGUACAUUCAUGCAUCCAAGGUUUGGUCCUCAGAUAAGAGAGCUUCAGUAGCAAAAAACACUGUUUCUGGUCUUGUUUUUGUUGCGAAGUCCUGCAGUAAUGAUGCUUCAAGGUUAACAUUCUGGCUGUCCAAUACAGUUGUCCUCAGGGAGAUAAUCUCAAAAUCUUUUGACAUUUCACAUCAAUUGACUCCAACCAGGACGACUAACAGUGUAAAUGAUGGUGCACAGUGGUUUGACGGGAAAUCUACGGCAAUGCUAUGGAAAAACAACUCCAAUGGGAAGCAAACCAAACAUGCUGUACUGCAGAUACCAGAUGAUUGGAAGGAAACAAGUACACUUUUAGCUGCACUAGAGAGGAUUGAAUCCUGGAUAUUUUCUCGGAUUGUCGAGACAGUGUGGUGGCAGGCAUUAACUCCUCACAUGCAAACCCCAGCAGAAGGUUCCUCAACCCCAAAGGCUAGGAGAGUGUCAGGCCCUUCUUUGGGUGAUCAGCAGCAAGGCGCCUUUUCUGUUAACUUGUGGAAGGCUGCAUUUCACGACGUGUUCAGCAGGAUUUGCCCCCUUCGUGCUGGUGGGCAUGAGUGUGGCUGUUUGCCAGUAUUGGCAAAACUGGUGAUGGAGCAAUGUGUAGCCCGUUUAGAUGUUGCAAUGUUCAAUGCCAUCCUUCGUGAAUCAGCUAGUGAGAUACCAACUGAUCCUAUAUCUGACCCAAUCGUUGACGCAAAAGUCCUGCCAAUUCCAGCCGGCGAGCUAAGCUUUGGAUCAGGCGCGCAGCUGAAAAACUCUAUCGGAAAUUGGUCAAGAUGGUUGACGGAUAACCUGGGCAUUGAUGCUGAUGACUCUGACGAUGAAGGUCUUGACAUAGGAAAUGGCAGCGAUGAAAGAAGAGGUACAGCCAAAGCGAAAUCUUUUCAACUGCUCAAUGAACUGAGUGAUCUACUGAUGCUCCCCAAGGACAUGCUUCUUGAAAAGUCUAUCAGGAAAGAGAUCUGCCCUUCGGUCGGUCUUCCAUUAGUAACAAGAAUCUUGUGCAACUUCACCCCUGAUGAGUUCUGCCCCGAUCCUGUUCCUAGCAUAGUCCUGGAGGACCUGAAUUCUGAGAGCUUGCUGGAGCGUGGCGCCGGCAAAGAUGCGAUAAGCGCAUUCCCGUGCAUCGCUGCUCCUAUCGCAUACCGCCGCCCGUCCCAACUGGAUGUAGCUGAGAAAGUGUCAGUCACUGGAGGUAGUGCAAAGCUAGACAGGAAAUCCUCGAUGGUGCAGAGGAGAGGGUACACCAGCGAUGACGAUCUUGAUGACCUGGACUCCCCCCUUGCAUCCCUUUUCGACAAGAGCGCUCCAUCUUCGCCAUCCAACGGUGUCGCGCAUUUCAGUGCUCAGAGAGGAGCUUCCAUGGAGAACGCGCGAUACAGCCUCCUGAGAGAGGUAUGGUCAGAGGAGCGCCAGUGAUUCGGCCAGCAUGUGAAGUCUUCUAUCUCUUCUAUAGCUAUGCCUUACAUAAAAGGGUUGGGAAACCCUAGUGAGGUGAAAACCCCGAAACAAGCUGCUUUGCGGCAGAACUAGGUCCCUUGUAUGAUAUAUCUUGUACAUCUCUAUAUAUGUAAUUUUUUUUCCUUUUUGUAGUAUAGCGGACAUAAAUGAAACUAAUUCUAUGGCCCCUUGAGGCUAAAAGAUUUGGUCUAUGGUGUUCGGCUGA